UUUCCAUUGUGGGCAUGUAGCCUGGCAGGAUGCACUCAGAAUUGCUCUCUGAUAGAACCAAUGGGAACUCAAGGGGAAGGGGAGGAGUUUAUAAAUAGGAAGAGUGGGAGCCAGAUUAGAGUAGAAGAUUUAUGGUGGGAGCCGUACAAGGACCAGAUACCUGUACCAUAGGGAUUGUAUUCCAGCAACUUUACCCAUUUUGUGGAAUUUAGAUAGCAGGCUGCUUGCUCCCUCAUCCCCCUGCAGAAGAAGAGGAUUAAAAUGGCUGUAGGCUGUGCAGAUUGCAGACUGGUGUGGCAAAGACUCAGGGGGAGUUUGAAGGAGACUGGGGGACUAGCACUUGUUUCCCAUCUUUAAGGAGAUGGCAUGCCCUAGAGAGAGUUUAGGGUUUCCACAGAAACUGAGAAGAGAAGAGCCCCAGGGAAGUGUAUAUUCCCCUGUUCACACCAGUUCUAUGUCGGUGAGUUCAUCAUCAAGCUUUUCCCCAGGGAAUUCAGUGGAUGGCCAUCCUAGCUACAUGGAGGCUCCAGUGAGUGCUUCGAGGACUCUCACGUCUCCAAUGAACACGAUAGGGUCGCCUGCGAAUGCGCUAGGCUCGCCAUACAGAGUCAUCACUUCGUCCAUUGGAUCUCAUUCCAUUUCCCUGUCUUCAGCUCCUGGCAUGAAUUUUGUUGCGCACACCAGCCCUCAGCUCAAUGUCAUGAACAAUGUCAGCAGCUCUGAAGACAUUAAGCCCCUGCCAGGCCUCCCAGGGAUUGGAAACAUGAAUUAUCCCUCCACUAGCCCAGGGUCCCUGGCCAAACACAUCUGUGCAAUCUGCGGGGACAGAUCAUCAGGGAAGCACUACGGAGUGUACAGCUGUGAAGGCUGUAAAGGGUUCUUCAAGAGGACGAUAAGAAAGGACCUUAUCUACACAUGCCGCGAUAACAAAGACUGUCUAAUAGACAAGCGUCAGCGCAACCGCUGCCAGUACUGCCGCUAUCAGAAGUGCCUGGCUAUGGGUAUGAAGAGAGAAGCUGUGCAAGAGGAGAGACAGAGAAGCCGAGAGCGCAACGAGAAUGAAGCCGAGUCCACGAGCAAUGGCAAUGAGGAUAUGCCUGUGGAGAGGAUUUUAGAAGCUGAAUUGGCUGUUGAACCAAAGACGGAAUCGUACAGCGACGUGAAUACUGAGAACUCGAUAAAUGACCCUGUCACCAAUAUAUGCCAUGCAGCGGACAAGCAGCUCUUCACCUUAGUUGAAUGGGCUAAGCGAAUCCCCCACUUCUCAGAGCUGACACUGGAAGACCAAGUGAUUCUUCUGCGGGCAGGUUGGAAUGAGCUGCUCAUUGCCUCGUUCUCCCAUCGCUCAGUGUCGGUGCAAGACGGCAUCCUGCUCGCCACAGGCUUACACGUGCAUCGCAGCAGUGCGCACAGUGCCGGCGUGGGCUCCAUUUUCGACAGAGUUCUGACAGAAUUAGUGUCUAAAAUGAAAGAUAUGCAGAUGGAUAAGUCUGAGCUGGGAUGCCUACGAGCCAUUGUCCUGUUUAAUCCAGAUGCCAAGGGCUUGUCCAGUCCCUUUGAAGUGGAGUCCCUGCGAGAAAAGGUCUAUGCUACGCUCGAAGCAUAUACAAAGCAGAAGUACCCUGAACAACCUGGAAGAUUUGCCAAACUCCUCCUCCGGCUGCCAGCGCUGAGAUCCAUCGGGCUGAAAUGCCUCGAGCACCUCUUCUUCUUCAAGCUGAUUGGGGACACGCCCAUUGACACCUUUCUCAUGGAGAUGCUCGAGACCCCACUCCAGAUCACCUGACCCUGUCGCUGGGAGAGAGAUGGUAGAGGACAGUUUAGGAUAUCGUGGACCCACAUCAGCUCCUGCCCAGUCUCCUUGCCCCGUCCCCUACUGCGACAGCUUGUAAUAGAGAGGCUUUAUAGACCCUCAGAUCUUUUUAGGUGGGAAUAUUUGUACAGAGACGAAUUGACUUGUCAGACCCUCUCCUUGCCAGCUGUAGAAUCGCUGCAGUUUAUCAGAGUGCUAACAAGACCCUUUCCCCCUGUACAUGUAAUCGGUUUAAAUUAUUUUUUCACUCGCAAUAAAAGCAAAAAAAUAAAUUAAAAUAAUAUAUAAGAUAU